GUGGUGGGGUCUACGUGACUUGCCCAAGCGGGCCAGGAGACAGUGCGGCGCCAACUCGGUCCCACGCCCUUCUUCCCGGGUUGUUGGACCGCGUGAUUCUUUCCUCCCGUCGGCGCCGAAGGGAACCUGGUUCUGGGCGGGCGGAGAGCUUGAGCCGGCUAGGAAUGGCAGCCCCAUCUAUGAAAGAAAGGCAGGCUUGCUGGGGAGCCCGCGAUGAGUACUGGAAGUGUUUAGAUGAGAACACAGAGGACGCUUCUAAGUGCAAGAAGUUAAGAAGCUCAUUUGAAUCAAGCUGUCCCCAACAGUGGAUAAAAUAUUUUGAUAAAAGAAGAGACUACUUAAAAUUCAAAGAAAAAUUUGAAGCAGGAGAUUUCCAGCCUUCGAAAAUGACUGCACAGUCCUAGGCUGUUCCUGAAUAGUUCAGAAAAGUUGAAAUUACUUUUUCUGGACAUUCAAAAAUGCUUUGACUCUGGGACAAUAGUAGUUUGAAUGAUGGCCGACACCAAAGCCUGUUUCAUAUAUGUGGUUCUUAAUUUAAAUGAUCAAGUAACAAGAUUCCAUUAUUCAAAGUAUGAAGAAUUGAAAUAAAAUGAUAUGAAAUAUGCUUAA